AUGUUUUCUGAAUAUGCCAGCCGGUUUCUUGCUCAGUCACAGUCCAGAGUUGGCUUGGGCCUGCCAGAAGAACCACCCAGAAAUCCCCUACAAAGGCAACGGCGUCCAGAGCAGGGCUCUUCAAGGUUUCCUUCUUCAAGAUCUUACCUUCAACGGCCCACCUUAGGCAACCCCUACCAAGCCAGCGCAUCUCAGUUUUCGCAGUUUCCGUUCGCUUCACGUGCCGCUGCACCUAACGCCCCACUCUUCUACAGCGCUACAGAUCAGUUCAGAGAGGAAGAUGACGAAGAAGAGCACGAAAGAGAAGUAGCCGACUUCUACGCACUGCAAAAAUCGAGACGACAAUUCGGCGGAAGCCGCCUGGAGGAGUCUUCCGAGGCCGAGGAUGAUGGGAGCAGGGUUUCGGGGCUAGAAGAAAGCGGUGACGGUAGAGCUACCGAAGAUCGGGGGUAUGGCAGAGGUGGGGGUAUCAAGAGCUCGUGGACGGGCGAUAGGGCGCGAGGACGUGGUAAAGGAGUGGAUACGGUGAAGAUAGACCAGGAUGACGGGAUUCGUCUUGCAAGAGUAGAGAGUGAGGAAAGCAGCAUUGGCAAAGGUAAGAUGGUAGAUGUUGGACUUGAGAGCGCGACCCGAAGCAGUACGGAUGGUCUGGACGGGGACGAUCCUCCAGACGACCUAGCUAUUGAGAUCCCACAGGACGAUGACCCCCCAUCGAUACAACAAUUUCGAAAAGCGCCAAUAACACCAUUUAAUCCAGCAUUACCUUUCUUACCCCAAGAGACGAGCCCUAACGAUACUUACGGCAGACCUCGUCCACCAGAGUCAGACUCAUCUUCAACCCCACCUACUGUCUCUUACCCUGUGGAGGAGCCCCCUCGGCAUGAUGCUUUCUGGGGUUCGUUGUACCUCAUUUCGCUGGCAGCUUUGUUCGCAAGCUUUCUGCUCGUCUACCUGCACACUGCGGCGCCAUCUCUCAAGCAUCCCUUGGGCGAUACCGUCUACACGACACUGCAUGCAUCCUACCACUUACUGGCGAUUGACACUUUGGUGGCAGUGAUCGUUUCCUUACUCUGGUUAGCAGUCCUACGAUCCUAUGUUCGACCACUGGUCUACAUGAUUCUUGUGGUUGUUCCUGUGAUACUCUUCUCGUUCUUCCUCUACCCGCUCAUCGCCAGCUAUAGAGGGCAGUACCACGGGGCCAGCAUACAGGACAAGGCAAUGCGCUGGUUCGCCUUCAUACCUGGAGUUCUAGCCCUCGUGUGGGCGGUCUCGGUCUAUAAAGGUCGUCAUUCAAUGGGCAAAGCAAUCAGUAUCCUCGAAUUCUGCUGCAGGAUCCUUGCUGCCAACCCUGGCCUCCUUGUAGUUGGCUUCGCAACCCUCAUCUGCGUCAUAAUAUGGUCAUGGUUAUGGAUGGCGAUGUUCACGCGUGUGUUUCUUGGCGGCCACCUCUCGAAUGCCAAAGCUUUCUUCAUUAUCGACGCCAGCACCUGGUGGCUCGGCGCGUUCUUCGUGCUCGUUUAUCUGUGGACCCUCGGUGUUCUCUCCGGCAUCCAGCGUGCUACAACUGCGGCGACAGUAUCCCAAUGGUACUUCCAUCGCCUUAGCAUCCCAGCGCCCACCUCCCGAGAGGUCAUUAAUGCAGCCUUCUCUCACGCCACUACAACCCUAUUCGGCAGUAUCUGCCUCUCCACGCUCCUCACGCUUGGCAUCCGCCUCCCAUUCCUAAUCCUCCCUCGCCGCGUACUCGCUCUCGUAGGAAUAUGCUCCUACACCGUCAUCCCUUCCUCAAUCGCUACUCUCACCAACCCGUUAACCCUCACCUACAGUGCAAUCCACUCGCAAUCACUCACCACCUCCUCAAGGGCUCUCGCUCGCUUGUCAUUCCUCGCUUCCAAUGCUCCUCAAUCGGCCAAUUUCCGCGCUCGCAAUUCGAUACCCCGCACACCGCUACAUUCGUACACCCUAUCGCUCCUCCUCCUCCGCGCAACACGCCUCAUCACAUCCCUCGCCCUCGGCUUUGGAGGCUGGGUCAGCACAGCGCGCUCUCUCACUCUUACCAAUGCUGAAGGUGCUCCGGGAUCUACCAUCAAAGGCAGUCUCUACGCCUACGUGGUAGGACUGAUAGCAGCGGCGAUAGGCUGGGGAAUCCUCGGCGCUAUGGACGGAGUAGUGGCAGGGGUAGUGGACGCGGUGGUUGUCUGUUGGGGAAGCGAGGUAGGCAGAGGGCAGGGAGAAGUCAGGUAUUGUAGAGAAGCGGAAUGGUUGUUUGGAGAUGAUCCGGCAGGGGCGGAUGAAGAGGCCGAAGGUUUCCUAGGAGGGAGAAGGUGA